CUUUUGGUGUUGUCUGGUUGUUGCUGGAGUUCCUCCUGAGUUUUGUAGGUAGUGUUUUUUCUUGAUUUAUUUAUUGUUUUCUUCCUAUGUGUGGUGGACAACCAACGAACGGACGGACGGACGGGUUUACCUGUGUGUCAAAGAAGUAGUGGAUAUUGGUGGCACCCGCACCAAUCGUGUGCUCCCCCACCCCGUGUGGGGUUUCAGUUCUGCUUUUUUCCUCCUGCUGCUGCUGCGGCUGAUGUCGCUUGUGCCCUCAGUCAGUGAGUUGAUGUUUUUUUUCUCGGUUUUGUUCAACUUCUGGUGAGUGUUAGUGCGCAAAAAGUGGUUUGCGCGGAGUGAGAAAGUAAGGUACAAACCCGCAAGUACAUACAUUAGUAUCGUUAUUGCUUGUGCUACUGUUGCGCUGGUCGGUGUUCCAGGUUGUAGUAGUAUCGAACAACUACACGUAGAACCGAUUACUAUCACCGCGGAUGCGGACGGGACACGACACGGCGGAUAAAUUCAGAUAUUAAUUUCUUCUUCAAACUGCGUUGUCGCCUGCGUAGUUUGACGUUGUUGCGUUUUUGCCUUUUAUAAUUCAGCGCCUGCUUAUUUUUGCCGGAUUCGUUUCGCUCGGAUCGUUGCUUUACAUUCAAAUCGGUGACGUGAAAACAAAAAGAAGUGUUUCGUGCAAUUGAGCGCUCGUCGCAAAGAGGAAGAAGCCGCGCGCACUCGCGCGGUUGUUAGUGGAAGGGUAGAGCAAUAAAGAAGCAACUAGCAAAACGGAAGACUAAGAAGAAAGGCAAUCACGAAGUGGCUGUUGAACACUCUCUUUCGAUCGCGCAUCGGUCCCGGGACUUUGGCUCACUGUUGGUGUGAAGUGAAGGGAAGACGAUCGGAACGGGCUUUCUCAGGUGUACGCGACACGGUUUUCUCCACGACGCGACGGUAAGUGUGCUCGUGUCCCCGUGUGGUCCGUGCGGUGUAUGUGUGCCCGGCGAAGAAGAUUAAAUUGACGAAGAAUAGUGCCUCUAAUGGAUGUGUUCUGCCGUUCCGCGGUCUAAGCAAAGUCGACGACGAACAAAUUCAUCAUAAGUCCCAGAGCAAGCGUGAAAUUCGUUAAACUUGACAACCUGCGCGACCUGCGUGUGUGUUUCCCAGAAUCCGGAUCAUCAAUUAACGGAUAUCACUCCAGUGCUCGCAGUGACGGUGUCCGACGGUAAAGAGGAGUACGACGGCGAAUGACAAGCUCUGAGCUGUCCACUGUGCGAGCUGAGGAACGAACGACGAGAAGACGCAGUCCACCGCAACACACAGCGCCGAGCUUCGUGCGGCCGCCACACGCCGCCGCCACGAUCCCGUGGGAAAUCCCGGGCCACUCCUUGUCGACCGGCUCUCGCCCUUCCUAGGUGCUGUGUUGUAUUAUUGUUAUUUGACCUCAACCGUCAACUCCGAUGAAUUCGCUGGAAACCACCACCCAACCCGACCAGGCUCGGUGACUUUGACGACGACGACGACGACGGUUCCCAAUUCCCGGGAAUGAUCGUUUCUAGACUGUGCGUUAGAGAAAAAUCGUGCUGAAGAACGGCAACAAUUCUGUGAAGCUGGCAGCGAGUUGUGUAGUGAUCAAGCAAAAUACAUAUAGCUAGAAGUUGACCAAGGUGAACCCCCGGAUAGUUGGAGUUUAGCAGCAAGCAGAGUGCCGCGAGCAAGAGCAAAAGUGGUAUCCGAUCGAUCGGUCGAUCGGUUUGAUCACGAGGAGCGCUGCUGCUGCUGCUACUGCAGCAGUGGGUCUUUGUUUUAGGGUUCUGUUUUUUCCCCUCUGUGUGUCAGUGUGUGCGCGGCAGUCAGUGGUGAAGAUCUUCCCGGAAGAAGCAGUAGUCGAUGGAAAUUGAAAGUCACUCCCCGCAGUAGUUGCUCAGUGCCUCGGUUGUGUAGUGUUGUAAAGUGCACACAGAAGCGCACACAAUAAAUAAGGAAGGAAUGCUGCGCAAGGCAAGCCGCCACGAAGAGUGAUUUAAUGAUCUUCUGGGGUCAGCUAUAAUUCCGAGCAAUCAAACCAUCGGAUACAUCGCAGUGCGUGAUCGAUCGUGUGUGAUUGUGUGUUUUCAUUGUGACCUUGUACGGGGUGAAACCGAACGGACCACAACCAUUUCCUGCAAUCUUCUGGUCCGUCCGUCCGUACGGAACUCGAUCCCUGGGGGGUCGGCGCUGACUCUGGCUGGCUAGCUGUUCGCAAUGGGGACGCAAAGCAGGAGACAAAAGGAUCACGAUCGAUGGAAAGCGGCGGUAGCGUCCUCCGGUCUCGCACGGGCCAUCCCGCCAGUGCUGCUGACCGGCUGGUUCUACCUGCUGCUGGCGGUUACGGUUACGACCUCCACGGUUCGAGCAGAGUCCAAAAUAGAGUUAGGUGGAAGUAUAUUUAGGAACGAAACUGACGUGCCAUGUCCAUCGGGGACGUUUCGAUGUUCGGAGGGCAAGUGUAUCCCCCAGACGUCGGUCUGUAACUAUCAGAAGGACUGCGAGAAGGGCGAGGAUGAGUUCAAUCACUGUCCUCCCCCGGAAUGCGAGCAGGGCCAGAUAAGCUGUGGUCAGUACGUGUUCAACAAGACGUACUGCAUACCGCCGCACUACAAGUGCGACAUGACCGUGGACUGUGUGGACGGAACGGACGAGUCCGACUGCACAUACCGCAAAUGUCAGCCGGAUGACAUUCACUGCGGGGCGCCCGUGCAGGCCGUCUCGAUAAAUGGCCGCGUCGCGGACAUUUGUGUGCCAAAGGAGAAGAAGUGCGACGGCUAUCUGGACUGUCGCACCGGGGUGGACGAAGCGGGCUGCCCGGGAACGGCCUGCCGGUUGGACCAGUUCCGGUGCGCCAACGGGCUCCGGUGCAUCGACACCGCGCUGAAGUGCAACCACAAGAACGACUGCGGCGACAACUCGGACGAGCAGAAUUGCAACUUCCCCCCGUGUCACGGCGGCCAGUUCCGCUGUACGAACUCGCUGUGCAUUCCGGCAACGUUCCACUGCGACGGUUAUCACGACUGCUCGGACGAAAGUGACGAAGCGAACUGUACGGCCAUUGCCUGUCCGGACAAUAAGUUCCUGUGUCCGCGGGGUGGCCCCAACGGGCAGCCCAAGUGCAUCGACAAGACGAAGCUGUGCGACGGCAAGCGGGACUGCGAGGAUGGAACUGAUGAGGAAACUGCGUGCUCGACCGCUUCCUGUCCAGCGCUGGGUUGUGAGCAUAAAUGUGGACCUUCUCUAACGGGUGGAGUAUGCUACUGUCCACCGGGGCGAACCCUUUCGCCGGAUAACCGAACCUGUGCCGAUCUGGACGAGUGCAACGUUUGGGGACACUGCGAUCAGCUGUGCACCAACACGGACGGGUCGUUCGUUUGUGCCUGUGCCAACGGGUACACGCUGAUGGACAAGUCGCGCUGUGUGGCCCCAACGGCGGCCCAUCUGGAGCUGGUUUUCGCGUACGAUCGUGCGAUCGUACGGAUGAGUUCGCACGGGCAGGACUUCCGAACGAUCGCCAACGCUACCGGAGCGAGUGGUUUGUCCUAUCACUACGGUAAGAAUUUGCUGUUUUGGUCGGAUAUUAAGACCCGGAAGGUGCAGUCUCAGGUGCUGAUGGAUGGAGGUUACGGAGGACAUGAUUUUACUCUGCCCGGAACGUGGGCUCCGGUGGCGAUCGCGAUCGAUUGGAUUGGUGAUAAGUUGUACGUUGCGGAUUUGGUGGGUCAAAAGGUGGAUGUUUUUGAACUGGACGGACGGUGGCAUGCGGUCGUGUUGGGUUCUAACCUUACGAGUCCGGCUGAUCUGGCGCUUGAUCCCACUUCCGGGUUGAUGUUCGUCGCGGACGGUAGUCACGUCCUGCGAGCUCAUAUGGACGGUACCCAUGCGAAGUCGAUCGUGUCGGAAGCUGCCUACAAAGCGUCCGGUGUGGCGGUUGAUGUGAUAGCUAAGCGCGUGUUUUGGUGUGAUUCGCUUUUGGAUUAUAUUGAGUCGGUUAACUACGAUGGGGAGUAUCGAGUGAUGAUCUUACGAGGUCAACAGGUCCCAAGCCCAUCUCGGUUGGCUCUUUUUGAGAAUCGAGUGUUCUGGACGGACGCCACCAAGCAGGGCAUCAUGUCCGUCGACAAGUUCGAAGGUUCAUCCAGCAUUCAAUCGAUUUUUAAAGCAAAAGACAUUCGAGAACCUAAGGCGAUCAUAACGGUUCACUCUCUAACACAACCCAAGGUUUCGAACCCUUGCGGAAGCAAUAACGGAGGCUGCUCGCAAAUGUGCGUCGUCACCGCUGUUCAGGGUGCACCCUCCGGCCUCGGAUAUCGCUGCGCUUGUCACACCGGUUGGCAACUGUCGAAGGAUUUGAUGAACUGUCACCUGGUGCGGCAGUUCCUGAUGUAUUCUCAACAACGCUUCAUCAAAGGUAAGGUUCUGGACCCGGUUAUUGAAGGCUUCAGCGACGCCAUCCUACCGGUCGUUUCCCGUCGGGCUCGUUUCGUCGGCUUGGACUUUGACGUUGUCGAUGAACACAUUUACUAUUCGGACGUCCUGCAGGACGUAAUCUAUCGGGUUCAUCGUAACGGAACCGGGCGAGAAAUUGUUUUGGCCUCACAAAACGAAGGCGUUGAAGGACUGGCAGUCGAUUGGGUCUCCAAGAAUCUGUAUUACAUCGACAGUCGGAAGGGAACGUUGAACGUCCUAUCCACUCGAACCGUCAGCUAUCGACGAACUCUACUGAAAAACCUAAAACGACCACGAGCAAUCGUAGUCCAUCCGAACAAAGGUUACAUCUACUUCUCGGAGUGGGAUCGACCAGCCAAUAUCAGCCGAGCCAAUUCCGAUGGCUCAGGAUUAAUGGUAUUCAAGAACGUAACCCUCGGCUGGCCAAACGGGCUAUCAAUCGAUUUCAAAGAAGACCGUGUCUACUGGUGUGAUGCCCUGCUGGAUCACGUCCAGCAUUCGAACCUAGACGGAACGGACGUACGAACCGUCAACUCGCGACUUAUCCGUCAUCCAUUUUCAAUCGUCAUUCACGACGAGUGGAUGUACAUUACGGACUGGCGGUUGGACGCCAUCGUGCGGCUGAACAAACUAACCGGAGAACAGGAGGAAAUCAUGGUUCGAGAACCACAAACGAACCGGCUGUACGGUGUGAAGGUCUACAGUCGAGCGAUUCAAACCAUCGAAGGAACGCAACCGUGCGGGAUCAAUAAUGGUGGCUGCGAGAAGCUUUGUUUUGCCGUUCCACGGAAUAAUUCCGAUGGGUUGACGGUUAAGUGCGGUUGUCCCUAUGGUGAACGGCUGGGAGACGAUGGCAGGAGUUGUUUCGCGGAUCCGAACGCCGAACCACCGGUGCAGUCGUGUCCGAAUACGUGGGACUUUACCUGUAACAAUCAGCGGUGCAUUCCGAAGAGCUGGAUUUGCGAUGGCGAUGACGAUUGUCUGGACAACAGCGACGAGGAGCAGAACUGUACAAAACCAACCUGUGGCACCAACGAGUUCCAGUGCAAGUCGGGCCGGUGCAUCCCGCUGAACUUCCGGUGCGAUCACGAGAACGACUGCGGCGACCACUCGGACGAGUUCGAGUGCGGCAACGUGACCUGCGCGGCGUCGCAGUACGCGUGCGAAAACGGACGCUGCAUUCCGAACAUUUGGAAGUGCGACAGUGAAAACGAUUGCGGCGACGGGUCGGAUGAGGGCGACUUUUGUGCGGAGAAGACUUGUGCCUAUUUUCAGUUUACGUGCCCCCGGACGGGGCACUGUAUUCCGCAGAGCUGGGUUUGCGACGGGGAUGACGAUUGCUUCGAUAAGCAGGAUGAGAAGGAUUGUCCGCCGAUUACGUGUUUGGCGAAUCAGUUUAAGUGUAAUGAUUUGCGGCAGUGUGUGGAGGAGACGUAUAAGUGUGAUGGGAUUCCGGAUUGUAAUGACGGGAGUGAUGAGUUGGGGUGUCCCACGAUGGAACCGAAUCAGUGUAAUUUGGAGAAACAUUUCCGGUGUAAGUCGUCCGGGGUGUGCAUUCCGGUGGCUUGGCACUGUGAUGGGUCUAAUGAUUGUGAGGAUCAUUCGGAUGAGGAAGAGUGCGGGAGGAUUACGUGUCCGAAUAAUUUCUACAAGUGUAAGAAUUCCAAGUGCGUUUAUAAGUCGUAUAUUUGUGACGGUAAGGAUGAUUGCGGGGAUAACUCGGAUGAGGGGGUGGAGCAUGCCUGUGUAACGCCACCGUUGAGAUGUCCGCACGGACAGUGGGCUUGUCCGGGUAUUACGGGACGCUGCGUGAACCUAACCUCGGUUUGUGAUGAUGUCGAGGAUUGUCCCAACGGAGCGGAUGAAGGAUUGGGAUGUGAUUUGGCUCAAUGUCAGCAUCAAUCCGGUUUGUGUUCCAACGGUUGUCAGAAGACUCCGCUGGGGGCUUUGUGUAUUUGUCCUCCGGGCGAGGAACUCGCCCCGGAUAAUUUCACCUGCAAGGAUUUGAAUGAGUGCGACCCUCCGGGUCUUUGUUCGCAGAUCUGUACCAAUACCAAGGGCUCGUACUUCUGUUCGUGUAAGGAUGGAUACAUUUUGGAACCGAACAAGCACACCUGCAAGGCGGUGAAUCAUUCGUCGGCGUUCUUGAUCAUCUCCAACCGGCACUCGAUCUUGGUGGCGGAUCUGAACGAGCAGGGUCUCGAACGGGUACCGAUCAUUGUGGAAAAUGUUGUGGCCACUGCUUCGAACAUGCACACCGGAACGAUCUUCUGGAGUGAUAUGAAGUUGAAGAAGAUUUCUCGAUUGGAUCGCGGUCAGGAACCUCAGGAGAUCAUCUCCACUGGGUUGGAUCUGGUUGAAGGUCUAGCUUACGAUUGGAUCGGUCAAAACCUGUACUGGUUGGAUAGUAAACUGAACACCAUCGAGGUGUGUAAUGAAAAUGGUUCUAAUCGGCUGGUUCUGGUGCGGGAAAACAUCACUCAACCGCGUGGAAUGUGUCUGGAUCCAAGUCCCAACGCCAAGUGGUUGUUCUGGACGGAUUGGGGUGAGAAUCCUCGCAUCGAACGCAUCGGCAUGGACGGAACAAUGCGUGAAACCAUCAUCAACACCAAAAUCUACUGGCCCAACGGUCUUACGUUGGACAUCGCAACGCAGAGGGUUUACUUCGCCGACUCGAAGCUGGAUUUCAUCGACUUCUGCUACUACAAUGGAACGGGUCGCCAGCAGGUGCUGGCCGCUAGUCAUUAUCUUCUGCACGCUCACUCGCUGUCACUGUUCGAGGACACCCUCUACUGGACGGACCGACAGCUGAACCGAGUUCUGUCGGCCAAUAAGUUCCGUGGAACGAACCAGACCGUUGUGAGUCAUCUGAUCUCGCAACCUCUGUCGAUCCACGUUCAUCAUCCGUCGCUGCAGCCCAUGUACGAGAGCCCCUGCAAGACGGCAACCUGUCAGCAUAUGUGCCUGCUCAGCCCGUCGGAGAAGUCCGGCUUCUCGUGCAAGUGUAAACCGGGUUAUAAGCUGGUGGCGAACGAUAAGUGCGUUGAGGAGGAGAAUGCCUACCUGAUGGUGCUGAAGGGUAAUCAGAUUGUGGAUGUGCCCUUCAAUGGGGGGGAUGUUCGUGCCGGUAGUUUGAUUCCGGUCGUUGGUAUCGAUAGUGGGAUUAGUUUGGACUACGAUCGGAAGGGGGAGACCCUGUUCUGGGUGCAAGGAAAGGAGGAUGAUGAUGAGAAUUGUACGAUCUUUACGAGUCCCUACGGAGGGGGGAAUAAGACGGAGUUCCUGGGGGUCGAUAAUGGAUUGGUCGGGGCUGCGUACACCAUUGCUUUCGAUUGGAUUGGAAGGAAUUUGUUUAUCGGUAAUCGGAUGGCUAGCAAUAUCGAGGCGAUCAACGUGGAUGGGAAGGUUAAGUACCGGACGAUUGUUUUGGUUAACGAUGGGAAUAAGACUUCGGUUUCGAAGCCGAAGCAAAUCGCUUUGGAUCCGGCGAAUGGUAAACUGUUCUGGAUAGAUGAGGGUGGUUUUGGGGUACCGACGAAGGUUGCUAUGUCGAACAUGGAUGGUUCCGAACCUUCCAUUCUGGAUGACACGAUCCAAUACCCGGAAGCGAUCACCGUGGAUGCCGAUAAGCGAAUGGUUUACUACAGUUCCCAGUACCCACCGGCGAUCAUGUCGAUCGAUUACGACAAGAACAACAAAAAGACCAUUCUCAGCGAGGAACACUCGAUCUCCAAACCGCGGGGUCUUGGAGUGUUGGAAUCCAGGCUGUACUUUAUGGACCCAACGUACGAGAAGAUCGUUCGGGUUGAUCUUCCCAAUGGCGACAAUGCGAAGACCAUUAUGGACAACGAACCGGACCUGAAGAACAUGAUCAUCUACAAGAAGCGAUCGAUGCUGCAGCAUCCGUGUACGAUGAGCAACGGCGGUUGCGAGCACAUUUGCAUCCCGCACAAGAACAGUGCUCGGGUUUGUGCUUGCGGAAUUGGUUACAAGAAGGAAAAUGAGGUGGCGUGCACGCCCUACAAGACGUUCGCUGUAGUCUCCCAGCUAGACAUGACCCGAGGUUAUAGUUUGAAAGACACCUCGGAGGCAAUGGUACCGAUCACCGGACCCGGUCAUCACAUCCUACACGUUGACAUUCUCUACCGAGAAUCGUGGAUCUACUGGGUUGAAUACAACCGAGGUCAUUGGAACGGAAUCUUCCGUAUUCGUCCGAACGGUACCGAACUGCAGAACAUCAUCAAGGACGGCAUUGGAAGCAACGGAAUCCGGGGGAUCGCGAUCGAUUGGGUGGCAGGAAACAUGUACUUCACCAAUGUCUUCCCGCACGAAAACUACGUCGAGGUUAGCUGGCUGGACGGAACGCAUCGAAAGAUCAUCGUUAAAACCACCAACGAUGCCCCUCGUGAGUUGGCCGUCAAUCCCAUCAAACGCCUUCUGUACUGGAUCGACUACGGACAGUACCCUAGAAUCGGUAAAUGUUACCUAGAUGGGUCCAACUGGACCCCGGUGGUCACCUCGGGAAUAUCCAACCCACGUGAUCUCACUGUGGACAUGCUAACGCACGACGUCUACUGGGUGGACUCCAAGCUGGACAUGAUUCAGAAGGUCUCCUACACCGGCGGCAACCGCCAGGUGAUCCGACGAAACCUUGCCAAUCCGAUGGCGAUCGCCGUAUUCCUAACCGACAUCUACUGGGUCGAUCGUAACCUACUCACGGUGUUCAAGGCCUCCAAAUUCCCCGGCAAUACGACCCUACCGGAAAAGGUCCGUACAAACCUGCAAAAACUGCGUGACAUCGCCAUCUACGACAUCAACAACCAACCGAUGGACGACAACAACCCGUGCCUUCGACUCGGAAACGGUGGCUGCGACCAGCUGUGCUUCAGCUUCCCACCGGAGUACAACCAAAAGCCAAGCUUCAAGUGCGACUGCGCCGUCGGUAGACUGUUCAGCGAUGGACGCACCUGCGUCCUAACCGACGAAUACGUAGUAUUCUCCACGCGAACGGAAAUCAGAGCCAUCGAGUUGGAUCACACCUCGACGAACGUCCCGUUCGCUCCGGUGGUCAACCUAACCAACGUCGUUGGGCUGGACUUCGACUAUGCAGACAACAAGCUGUUCUUCACGCAAAUUCGCCCCUGGGCGAAGAUCGCCUACAUGCAGGGUGACAAACCGGAUGCCGCAGGCAUCGUCCCCGUGAUCACCCGUGGCAUCAAUCCGGAAGGUAUCGCCUACGAUUGGACCCAGAAGAAGAUCUACUGGACGGACAGUUCGAACAAUUCGAUCUACGCCAUGAACCUGGACGGUUCGGACCUAGUAAUGAUCUCCCGAGUCGAACGCCCACGGGCGAUCGUUCUCGACCCAUGCAACGGUACCCUGUACUUCACCGAUUGGGGACGCUUCGGAACGUCCGGAAAGAUCUUCCGCACCACCAUGGCAGGCUCGCUGAAGCGAGCCAUCAUCGAUAAGGACCUUUCACAACCCAGCGGCCUUGCAAUCGAUUACGACGAACGAAUGCUCUACUGGACGGACGCAGUCCGUGAAAAAAUCGAACGUUCCAAGCUGGACGGAAAGAACCGCGAGGUUCUGGUCUCAGCCACAAUCUACCCCUUCGCGAUCACCGUCUUCCGAAACUACAUCUACUGGACGGACCUUCAGCUGCGCGGUGUUUACCGCGCAGAAAAGCACACCGGCGCAAACAUGGUCGAAAUGGUCAAACGCCUGGAGGACUCCCCUCGGGACAUUCACGUCUACAGCCACAGCCGCCAGCAGUGCCAGGCAAACCCUUGCCUGCAGAACAACGGCGGUUGUGCGCAGAGCUGCCACCCGGGCCUGAACGGAAAAGCGGAAUGCAAGUGUGACGAUUCGACGAAACCGGUCAACGAGGGUCGGAUGUGCGCCCCGAAGAAUCACACCUGUGAUUCCAGUAAAUUCUACUGUCAAAACGGAAAGUGUAUCUCGCGGAUGUGGUCCUGCGAUGGGGAUGACGAUUGUGGGGACAAUUCGGACGAAGACGUUAACUACUGUGCGUUCCACUCGUGCGGACCGAACGAGUUCCGUUGUAACAAUGGACGGUGUAUCUUCAAGUCGUGGAAGUGUGAUCACGAGAACGAUUGCAAGGAUGGUUCGGAUGAGGAGAAUUGUUCCUAUCCACCGUGUGUGGAUGGGGAGUUUACCUGUUUGAACGGAAGAUGUAUUCCGCAGAGCCAGGUUUGUAAUGGAGUUAACGACUGUAAGGAUAACGCUACGUCCGAUGAAACGCACGAACGGUGCCCGAAGAACACGACCUGUCCGGCGAAUCAUUUGAAGUGUGAUAAGACCAAUAUCUGUGUGGAACCGUAUUGGUUGUGCGAUGGGGAUAACGAUUGCGGGGACAAUUCUGAUGAGGAUCCGCUGCAUUGUGCGCAGCGGACGUGUCCGCAGAACAGUUUCCGCUGUCCGAAUCAUCGGUGUAUUCCGGCUACUUGGUAUUGCGAUGGAGACGAUGACUGUGGUGAUGGAGCCGACGAACCGCCGGAGUACUGCAAGUCCGAAGGACGUACGUGCUUCGGUGAUCUGUUCACGUGCGACAACGGCAACUGUAUUCCACGAAUUUACAUCUGCGAUGGAGACAACGAUUGUUUGGAUAACAGUGACGAAGAUAAUCGACACCAGUGCAAUGAUCGAAAGUGUGACGAGGAAACCGAAUUCACCUGCCAGGAGAAUAAGGCUUGGGCUAGGGCUCAGUGCAUUCCGAAGAAGUGGAUUUGCGAUGGUGAUCCGGAUUGUGUGGAUGGUGCCGACGAGAAUACAACCCUACACAAUUGUCCAACGCCACAACCGUGUAGCGACGAUCAGUUCACGUGCGCUAACGGACGGUGCAUCAAUCAGGGCUGGGUUUGCGAUCACGAUAACGACUGCGGUGACGGGUCGGAUGAGGGUAAGAACUGCAACAGCCAGUACAAGACGUGUUCGACGCAGGAGUUUACCUGCCAGAACUUCAAGUGCAUUCGGAAUCAGUAUCGGUGCGACGGGGAGGACGAUUGCGGUGAUCACUCGGACGAGGUUGGUUGUACGAAGGAGAACAAUACCUGUCCGGAUGGUAAGUUUACUUGCCAGAAUGGGCAGUGUAUCGAUUAUCAGCUGGUGUGCAACAAGGUGCCCGACUGUUCGGAUGAAUCGGACGAACCGCUGCACUGCAAUGUAGACGAGUGCGCCAAGGUGGAGAUACAUCGGUGUGGGCACAAGUGCGUGGAUACGCUGACCGGAUACUACUGUGAUUGUAAUCAAGGAUACAAACUUCUGGAGGACGGCAAAGCGUGCGCCGACAUAGACGAGUGCAUCGAGACGCCCGGCGUUUGCUCGCAGCACUGCUCCAACACACCAGGUGGAUUCUACUGCAAGUGUGACGAACGGUACUACGAGCGGCAGAACGAUGAGCACACCUGCAAGCGCAAGGACUCAACGGAACCGUGGUUGAUCUUCAGCAAUAAGUACUACGUGCGGAACAUGUCGGUCGACGGUCGGCAGUACAAUCUGAUCCAUCAGGAUCUGAUGAACGUGGUGGCGAUCGAUUUCGACUACCAGGAGCAGGAGAUGUACUUCUGCGACGUGACGGCUAAGACGAUCUUCAAGUCGAAAUUCGGUUCGGUGCGGAAUGAUGAGAAGAUCGAGAAGAUUCCGGUGGUGAAGCAUGAUUCGCAUGGGUUGGAGGGUAUUGCUAUCGAUUGGGUUGGACGGAAGUUGUACUGGUUGGAUAGGCAUUCGAAGAAUUUGGAUGUUGCCGAGCUGGAUGGAACGAAACGAAAGACGCUGAAGAGUGGCGUUGUUGAUCCGCGGGCUAUUGUUGUUCAUCCUGGAAUCGGGUAUCUGUACUUUACCUCGUGGCAUUUGCAGUCUUACAUCGCUAAGAUGGGUAUGGAUGGUUCCAAUUUCACUCGAAUUUUAACGUGGGAGGAUGAUAUAGCUUGGCCAAACGCGUUGACGAUCGACUACUUCACCGAUCGCAUCUACUGGGCGGACGCCCAUUUGGACUACAUAGCGUUCGCUGAUUUGGAGGGUCGUCACAGGCAUGUUGUCCUUUCAGGAAAUAAGGUCCCGCACAUCUUUGCUUUGUCGAUCUUCGAUGAUAUGCUGUAUUGGACGGAUUGGAAUUUGAAGGCGAUCAUUCGGGCGAACAAAUUUACCGGUCAAAACUUCACCGUGAUCCGGAAUACAACCCAUCGGCCGUACGAUGUUCACAUUAGCCAUCCGCUGCGCCAGUUGCCGUACUCCAACCCGUGUGGAAGCACCAACGGAGGAUGUACGCAUCUUUGUCUGCUAGCGCCUCCGCUGGAGUCAACCUAUCUGAACGUGGAAGGUUACAUUGAGGAGGGAGCCCCAAGCUAUAAGUGUGCCUGUCCGAAUCAGUUCUACCUGGCGAGGGAUAUGAAGACGUGCAUUGCGAACUGUACGACUGGACAGCAUCGCUGCGGAGGAAUGGAUGAGAAGUGUAUUCCGUGGUUCUGGAAGUGCGACGGCGAACCGGAUUGUAAGGAUAAAUCGGACGAACCGGAGUCGUGUCCGGCACGGCACUGCCGUGCGGGAACGUUCCAAUGUGGUAAUGGAAAUUGUACGCCAUCGACGACGAUCUGUGAUGGAACGGAUGACUGUGGUGAUGGAAGCGACGAACAGAACUGCGAUCUGCCUUGUCCGGUGUCGGAUUUCAAGUGUCGCUCGAGUGGACGUUGUAUUCUGGAUAGCUGGAAGUGUGAUGGAGACGCAGAUUGUAAGGAUGGUAGCGACGAAGAUCCGGAGAUAUGUCAUAAACGCGCCUGCGAUCCGGAAACGGAAUUCAGCUGCAAAAACGGACGCUGCAUUCCGAAGCUGUGGAUGUGUGACUUCGACAACGAUUGCGGCGAUGAUUCGGACGAACCGGCGUACAUGUGCCGUCAGAGAAACUGCACCACCGGUUGGUCCCGUUGUCCGGGCCAGUCCAACUACCGCUGCAUUCCGAAGUGGUUGUUCUGCGACGGUAAGGACGAUUGUCGGGAUAACAGCGACGAACUGCCGGAGAACUGUCCGAAGUGUAACACGGAGACGGACUUUAAGUGCAACAACAACCGUUGCAUUCCAAAACAAUGGAUGUGCGACUUUGCGGACGAUUGUGGCGACGGAAGUGACGAAUCGGAGGCGCAGUGUAAGGGUAAGUUCCGCGAGUGUUCGGAGUCGGAGUUCCGGUGCGGCAAUGGGAAGUGCAUUUCGUCGCGGUGGCGCUGUGAUCACGAGGACGACUGUGGGGACAAUAGCGAUGAGUACAACUGUGAAGGAUUCCAGUGUAAGAACGGAACGUUCCAGUGCACGUCCGGGCACUGUAUUGCUUCGUACUUCCGGUGCGACGGUGAUCGUGAUUGUCGGGAUAUGUCUGAUGAAAUUGGCUGCCCACCGAGGUAUCCGGGUGGACGCUUCUGUCCGGAAUCGCGCUUCCAGUGCACCAACAAUCUGUGUGUUUCACCGUCGGAUCUGUGCGAUGGAACGGAUGAUUGCGGGGAUAAUUCCGAUGAAGCAGCUUCGGUGUGUACCAACUUUACCUGCGAUACGUUGCGUAGGUUCCAGUGUGCGAACCAUCGGUGUGUGGCACGCUAUCAGACUUGCGAUGGCGUCGAUAACUGUGGGGAUGGUUCGGAUGAAAACAAUAUGACACUGUGUGCGGCGAGAGUUAAGCCGUGCGAUCUUUACACCCAGUAUCAGUGUGCGAACAAGAAGUGUAUCGAUCGGACACAGAUCUGCGAUUAUGCGGACGAUUGUGGCGAUAAUUCGGAUGAGCUGGGCUGUCAUCACACGAGUACGUGCUCGGCUAUGACUAAGGGUGGUUGCGAACAUCACUGUAUGAAUUUGACCGACGGAGGAUACAUUUGUGCGUGCUAUCCAGGGUUUAUCAUUGAUGCGGAGAACAAAAAGCACUGUUUGGACAUUGAUGAAUGUGCCACGGGAACGCACAAAUGUUCUCAGAUGUGCACAAACAUGAACGGAACCUAUGCAUGCUCGUGCCGAGAUGGAUUCCGCCUGGUGGAUGCCGUUUCUGGUGACUGCAAAGCACUGAAGGAUGAAGUUUUGGUGGUAUUCAGUAGUGGUCCAGAAAUACGAGCCUAUGACUUAAAGAUCAACGACCAGUUCGAUGUAAUUGGUGGGGAGAAACGCAUCGAAGCACUGGAUUAUAACCCAGAAACGCAGAUGAUCUUCUGGGCCGACAGCUAUGACAAGACCAUCAAACGAAGCUACAUGGUAAAUGCCGUCAACGGAGAAGCCAAGAUCGGUUUCGCACAGGACUUGAACAUGAAGGGUAACUCAAAACCGACUGCGUUAGCAGUCGAUUGGGUGGCAGACAAUCUGUACUGGGCGGAAACGGAUCGUACAGGAUCGAAACCACGAGGAAGAAUCAUGGUUGCCAAAACCGAUGGACGUUACCGAAGGGCACUGGCCAACGCUGGUUUGGAGGUUCCCACUUCGAUCGCUGUAGACCCUCAGCUGGGUCGAAUGUUCUGGGCCGAUGCCGGCUCGGCACCGAAGAUCGAAGUUUCCUGGAUGGAUGGUUCCAAGCGGCGUCCGCUGAUCACGGAAGCCAUCCGUCAUCCGGCUGGGUUGACGAUCGACUACUCGCAGGAUCAUAUGGUUUACUGGGUCGAUACCAAGCUGAACACGAUCGAGGUUAUGAAACCGGACGGGUCGAUGCGUAAGGCGAUCCUGAAGGGCGAGAUGCUGAAGCAUCCGGUUUCGCUGGAUGUUUUCGAAUCGUACCUGUACUGGAUCACGCGGGACACCGGUGAGCUGUUGCGGCAGGACAAAUUCGGCCGGGGAGUGCAAUUUGCGGUGCAGAGGAGCCUUGCUAAUCCGUCCAGCUUAAAGAUUUAUCACGAGCUUCGCUACAACACCUCGCUAAACAACCCAUGCUUCAAGAACCCUUGCUCGCACCUGUGUCUGCUGGUUCCCGGUGGAAGACGCUGCUCGUGUCCGGACAAUACGGUUCAACAGGUGUCCCACCGCAGCACCGCGGAAGUCAUUUGUGAUGCACCCGCUGAACGACCCCGACCCGCGCCGAGGGUGUGCCCCUGCCAGAACGGUGGCCUCUGCAAGGAGGACGACACCGGUAACGAUCUGAUCUGUUCCUGUCUGCCGGAGUUCAGCGGACCCCACUGCGAGCUGUACAGCGAGUGGAUGCUGGGCUCCAGCCCGGGCAGCGCGACCGCCAUCUACAUCCCGAUACUGGUAGCGAUCCUGAUCGCCGGCACCGUCGGAGCGUACUUCAUCAUCAAGAAGAGGCCAUUUGGCAAACCAAGCCUAACGUCGUCGCAAAGUGUCUCCUUCCGGCCGGGCACCAAUGUGGAGUUCAACUCACCCGAGUUCCCAUCGGGACGACCGCCAACCGGUGUGCUACCGGCGGGCGGCGGAGUAGCUCCGCUGGAUGGGUACAGCUUGGACACGCUGAACAAUAAAACUACCGAUUUUAGUAAUCCGAUGUACGAUGCGGUCCAGUCGGGUACGACUGAUCCCAGCAUAGGCAAUGGAUCCGGCAUCUACGAGGUUCCAUCGGAUGUCACUGCAAAGGGCGCCAAGCUGGCGCCCACCAGUGGUCCGUUCACGGAACCGGUGUCGGCCAUCCUGGCGCCCAGCAGCAUAACGCAUCGUACCUCACCGCAGCUGCAUCUGAGGCCGAAGGAGCUCAGUCCGUCGUCUCACGACACCGGCAAGGACACUCAGCUGCUGGUGGAGGAGGAAGAGGAUAAGUCCGAGUGCUAAACGCAAACGGGCGGACGAAACACAAACCAAGCAUACACACAGACAGAGACAGACAACCCCCGUAAUAACGGGGGGGAGCUGAAUGAAUGAACCAACCGUACACGACACACAUGUGAGCCUGUGGUUUUUUUAUGAACUACAAAACACAGGAAGAGAGAGUAAUAUUUAAUUGUCAUUUCGAUUGUUAAUUUGGAGCCAAGCUCAAACGAUGGGCGCCAAACGUCGACGGGCCCAAAAGCAAGCAAACAAUUCCACUAAAACAUUCCCGUUUGAGUUGAGAGUUUUCUUCUAUAUAUUUAUGUAUACACAGAACAAGAAAAUGUGGUACGGAAAACAAACGGAUAAGCAAGCAAGCAACACAUUAGUAAGGGGUAAGUUGUAAAUGAAAGUUUUCAAAAAAAAAAAGCGUUUGUACAUAGACUCUAACUGUAGUAUCGUUAAUUUUUUUAAAAGAAUACUAUUUAUAAACGGAAAACAGCAAGAAGUGAGCAUAGAAAUUUCAAGCAGAGAACAUACACGCACACACACACCUAGAUGAAAUGAAACUACCUACUUUUAAUGGAACUAUUUUUAAAGGAAAAGAAAGUUAAACACAACACCAUGGCGGUCCAAGAUAUCAAAAUUUUAAAACUUGUUAUUGCAGUACAUAAUUGCUUUUAUUCGGUAAAUUGUGUAAUAUUUGAUGGCUGACUGUGCAAUCGAGCGAGAGAGAGAAAGCGAGAAACGUGACAUGAUAUUGUUUGAAUAUAUUGUUAAUUACCUAAAAAAAGUGCGAACUCCGCUCCACGUAAAAAGGCGAUAAGUAAGGGUAGAGAUAGAGUUCGGAGAACAAAUGUGAAACACGUAUAUUUAUCUUGAAAGGUGAUAUUUUCAUAUGAAUAUAAAAAAACAAGAAGAUAAAACUAUCCUAACUGUUAACAGCAAUCUGCUCACAAUACCAUAAAACAUAAACGCAAACGCCUGCAAUCUGUGCUGCUUUUACCUAUCAGAGCAAUACCAGUCUAGUAGAGAAGGUAGAACCUGCCCGAACCCGAGCAGUUAAUCCGUCCAAAAACGAAGCGAACAUUCCAGAGUAUCGGUGGUGUAAUCCCUGUGUCCCAUCCCUCUCCCAUAAGUAAAAAACCAAACGAAAAAAGACAAGAAACAUAUCAUACUCAAUUGUAGUUGUAGUAUUGAGCCACAAAACACCAAUCGGAGAAGAAGAAAAAACCUAACGAAAAAAAAACGAGUAUUACUCACUUGUUCAGUAUCAACUAAUUGACUGGCAGCUAAAGAGAGUAUUAUUUUAGACAAAAAAAAUGUUUUGAGCUAAGUUCUGAGGGCGUGUUGCAACUGAAAAAGUGAUUUCCUAAUUUAGCUAAGCAAACAACAAAAAACAACAACAACAAAAACCCCCAGCAACCUUAUAGCAAUCGUAGUAAGCUGGGAGCUAGAGUGUGACCGAAAAAAAUGACAGAUCAGAUCUUUCGUUUGUUUGUUCGUUUGUUGGUUUAUUAAUGUGAAAAUAACAGUAAACUAGUAAGGCAAAAGCAAAUCAAUAACGCGGAAACGGAAAUCUAUAGUCGGAAAGGUGAGUACACGUAGGAAGCAGUAGUGGAACAAACAAUUUACAAUAUUAAAUAUACGAAACAUACACACAAGCAAGCCCCUGCCUGGGCCCGUGUGGUCCCGGCGGCGGCGGUGCGCUUAGAAACAGUCGCAGGCAAAGUAAACACGGCCGGAAAGACAGAGCGAGAGAGAGAGAGAGAGCAGAGAUAAUUAUUUUAAAGAACUGUUUUAAAUAAAACUAUUUUAAAUUA